AGCUUGUUAGUAUCCGAAUGGUAAAAUGGCGGUGAAUAACAGAUCGAGGAACCUACAGACGAUGAAUAUUUCUUCACUUUUUAGUCGCCUUCAUGGGGCGUUUUCAGAAGCUAUGGCACCGCCUAAAUUUGUGAUAGAUAGAAGAACUAUUGAGAAAACAUGGAAAUUAAUGGACAAAGUUGUUAAAUUGUGUCAACAUCCGAAGAUGAACUUAAAAAACAGCCCCCCUUUCAUUUUAGACAUUGUUCCUGACACAUACCAACAUUUAAGACUAAUCUAUGGGAAACAUGAAGACCGCAUGCACGUGUUAAAUGACAAUGAGUAUUUCAGGAUUUUUAUUGAAAAUUUAAAUCGGAAGUGUAAACAGGCGAUAAAGUUAUUUAAAGAAGGAAAAGAAAAAAUGUUUGAUGAAUCUUCGCACUACAGAAGAAACAUGACAAAGUUAAGUUUGGUUUUUAGUCACAUGUUAUCCGAGCUAAAAGCAAUUUAUCCAAAUGGAAAUUUUGCUGGUGAUACCUUUAGAAUAACAAAAAGUGAUGCAGCAGAAUUUUGGAAAAGUUGCUUUGGAGAAAGAACAAUUGUUCCAUGGAAGAUAUUUAGACAAUCCCUGCAUCAAGUUCACCCAAUCAGCUCUGGCUUGGAAGCUAUGGCACUCAAAUCUACUAUUGAUUUAACUUGCAAUGACUUCAUAUCCAAUUUUGAAUUUGAUGUUUUUACAAGGUUAUUUCAACCCUGGUCAUCUCUCCUCCAAAACUGGCAGAUUCUUGCAGUGACGCAUCAUGGUUAUGUAGCAUUUCUAACGUAUGAUGAAGUCAAAGCAAGGCUUCAAAAAUACAUUAAUAAACCAGGAAGCUAUGUGUUUAGGCUUAGUUGUACCAGACUUGGCCAAUGGGCCAUUGGGUAUGUCACUGCUGAUGGUACAAUACUUCAGACGAUUCCUCAGAACAAAUCUUUAUGUCAAGCACUCCUAGAUGGAUACAGAGAAGGCUUUUACUUGUAUCCUGAUGGGAGGAACACAAAUCCAGAUCUCAGUUGGGCAGUGCAGGCCACUCCUGAGGAUCACAUCAAAGUAACUCAGGAGCAGUAUGAACUGUAUUGUGAAAUGGGGUCAACAUUCCAGUUGUGUAAAAUCUGUGCAGAAAACGACAAGGACAUUCGUAUUGAACCGUGCGGUCAUCUUUUAUGUACACCUUGUCUUACAUCAUGGCAGGAUUCAGAAGGUCAAGGUUGUCCGUUUUGUCGAGCAGAAAUCAAAGGGACUGAACAAGUGGUUGUAGAUCCAUUUGAUCCAAUGGGGAGAAUGAUAAAGAAAGAAGAUUCGCAUGGAUCUAACUCUGCUCAUCUGGUUGAUCUAGAUGAUGAUGAAAAUCUUGAGGAUCCAAACACCUGGACAUCAUGUUUACAAGCACUGGCAUUAUCUCCCCGUUCUGAAACAGCAGAAAGUAGUCGGUCAAACAGCAGAUCACCUAUGAUAUCUCCUAGAACUUCUCCCCAGUCAAUUCGUCGACCUCCUGGCAUGCCCCCACCUAUUCCUCCUCGAAGAUCAUCACCUACAGAAACACCAGGGCAGUCCCCAGGCACAUCUCCAAGGCACCACCUUUUAGGCAAUCCAAGUACAGAAGAACAUAUAAAUGGGAUAAUUACCAGGAUAUCUGUCACUCCACAGAGCUCACCAGAAAACUCUGGUGUGAGCAUCUCCUACACAGAAAUCAAACAUGAUGACGAGGAAACAGAACCUUCGAUGACUACUACAAAACCUGUGGCUUCCUUUCCUUCUCCAAGCAACCAUGUGCUGAUCAGCAGUUCAUAUGGAACUUGGCCAGGCCCAUCUCCAGGUAUUACUCUCACUCCCAUCUCGUCUAGCUCUGCAAAUACUGUCCAACAAUGCUCCUCUCUCACCUCCACUCCAUUCAUGGAACCUUCCAACCUACCUGGGUUAGGCUUAACAACUCCAGAUGUUGCAAGGGCACCCUCUCCCAUGAUGACAACACCCUCUACCACCCAAUCAAUUCAUUAUGCAGAACUCACAGAAAUCACAGAAGAACCAAGUUAUGCUAAUACAGACUUAAAUAUAGGGCAUGUAGUUUCAAGUUCUUUAACACCAGGAAAAGCAGCAGCGGAAGUUCACGAGUUCCCUGUUGGUCCUGCAACUUCAUCCCAAAAUGCCAAAAGCUCUUUAACUCAGAACAACACAAAAUAUGAGAAAAGAACACGUCCGAUGAAACCACUUGGCACAAGCUCUUUAGAAAACAAAGAAAAUGAUAGAGUUAGUUACGAAAAUCUUCAUAUGGAUUACAUUGCUGCUCUUACCUCGGAAGGCUAUACACAAGAUGCAGUGAUUCGUGCUCUAGGUAUUGCUAGGAAUGACCUAGAAAUGGCAAGAGAUAUUUUACAUGAAUUUGUUAGCAAACAAAAAUGACCAGAGUGGAGCUUCAGUCUUUCUCUGUACAAAUGCUGCCUCAGAAAAAUGUGUUCAUGUAAAACUUUAACAGUGACAGAGAUUUUCCCUUUAUCCUGGAAAAAAAAAAAAGACAGAUUAAUCUAUUUUCAAAGUUUCUCAGUAGCUGUUCUAAUUUAACCCAUGGAGUGAAGCGGGUAUUGAGAAAUUGAGUUGUAACCUAGUCAGUUAGUUUACUUAUGUAAAUGUAUACUUUAAUUUCUGAUAAGAAUCUCAUUCUACAAGUUUUUCCCAAUACACAGGUGAAGAAGGUGGCAUUUAUAUAAAUCUAUACAUACUUAAAAAUUGUGUGCCAUGGAAAAAAAAAAUACUUGUACAUUUUACUAAGAGUAAUGUACUUUAGUGUAAAAUGUUUUAAUUUUGUCCAAAGGUUGUUUUUCUAUCAUUUUUGAUAACUUUCAAUGAAUCAAAGAUAAUUUAUUUACAAAAAAUUUAAAUCAAAUAUACUUUUCGGGAAUAAUGAAGACAUUGUCUGGCUGAUGUGGUAUAUUUAUACAUCAAUAAAACUGAAAUGUUGGCACAGUGUUUAGCACUCAGUGUUUCUUUUCACUUAGUCACUUUUUUCUCAAUCCUUUCUUGUUUGUGUGUAUAAAGACACACACAUACGGGAUAGGCUAUGGCAAACCUCCCAUAGGAAAAUGAAACUAUAAAUAAUAAAAUAAAUCUUUAUUCAUAAUUAAUUUGUAUUUGCAUGAUCGUUGAAUCAUGAACGUUCCAAACGUCUACACUUUAUCAAUGUCUAUAUGACAUCUCUUGACAACUGACGCAUGCAACUUUCUUGCACAAGUCUGGAGUUAGAGUCUGAAAGGAUAAGUUGAUAUCUAAACUACGCAACUUCAUUCUUUUAUA